AUGGGACAUCGUACUUCAGAUCUCAUCCACGGUCGACGCCGUAGGGAUCGGUCCAAUACCGCCCGUGGUUCCAGUACGCCACAUGCGUUGUCUGCUCACACUCAGGGCGGUCCAGCCCCGUACGGCGGUCAUCCUUCAGCCCAUCCGCAGCCCCAGGACCAGUACACUGGACAUGUAACGCCCGCGCAUCAAGCACAAGGUGGCUCGGCAGGCCAUCACGUACCGCCUGCUGCUGCUGCUGGCCCUGGCCCGAGUACUCAGGCUUACCGGCAAGCUCGAGCGUCAGGAUAUGCGGCUCCCAGCUCUCACGCGCAUGGCUCUUCUGGCUCUUCAUUCUCGGGCUUCACAGCGUUUGGCAGCGGACAACAUGAUUCUGGCUCAAGCUACGCUACGACACAGAACAACCAGUUCUGGGGUCAGAACCUUCAACAGGCCAGCCCACCGCACAGCAACGGCAGUGGUAGCGGUAGCGGACAAGGAAGCGGGCACGCUAGCAUCUCCACAUUCACUAACACCGGCUCUGGCUCUGGCUCUGGACAGCACUCUGGCCCUGCUAAUCACUCAAACUCACACUCGCAGUCUGGGUCGGGUUCGCCCAACCAGAGGCGCAGCGGACAUCCCUCGGCCUCUCUCCCCAACAUACACGAGAGUCCCCGUGAGUAUGAGUACGAACGCCACGGCAACUCGCGGUAG